GGACCUGCCCAGGGUUUCUGUGUACAGAUGGAGGUUGCAUUUCCCAGAGUGCUCUUUGUGACUGCACCGCGGACUGUCAUGACGGCUCUGACGAAUUCGAGGAUACCUGUGGUUUGCUCCAAUGUAAGAAGGAUGACUUUGCCUGUGGCAGUAGGCGAUGUGUAUCCCUCUUCCGCUGUGAUGGCACUGACGACUGUGGAUAAGAACUGUCAUAAGUCAUAUCCUGUCAUAAGAACUGUACAGCCGAGUCCUUCCUCUGUGAGCAGACAGGGAGCUGCGUUGCCAGGCAACUGCCCCGCUGGGCAGGAUGUGGGUCCCGACGCAUGUCCCUCUGGCCAGACCCGGGCCCCUCACACUUGCUUCAGCUCUGAGUUCAGUUGUGGGGACGGCCAAUGUAUGCCUCACUCCUGGAGGUGUGACCACUCGCCGGACUGUGCUGACGCGAGCGACGAGGACGACUGUGUGGUCCUGAGUAUGCUGUUGGUGGGAGUGGCGUUGUGGUGGAGGGAUGCGUUCAAGCCUUCCAGGACACUCGCCUUCCAAGAUUUCUCCCUGAAAGAGUCCCAGGAUCCACUCAUACAUUGCCCCUGAGACUUGUCCUAUCAAGGACACUCUGCUAAAGCUGGACUUGGACAGCAACUGAGUGUCCCAAGCCACUUGCAUAAGAGAGACCGGUGUCCAGCAGUGCUCCCGCUUGACUGUGGCUCUCCACUUCAGUUUCAAUGAAGGCUAGAAAAUGACUUGUACAAUUGACUUGAACAAUAUUUUCAGUGAAUUUUUUUCCAAGUCAUUGAUUUUCCUAACUUGACUGUAAUUUAAUUAGAAUUGACCCUAGCCUUGGCGGUCCUCAUGCAUAUCAGUUAUUUAGCUACAGAUGGACACCUCCGCCUAUCUGGGGUACUGUAUCCCUCAUACAUACACUUUCAUUGUGACAUCUCAAUGUCCCUUUGCACUCAGUUGACUAUGUCCAAAGAAAGUUUUGUAAUUCAUAUUUGGACUAAUAUGUAGAUAGAUACAUUGUGUGUAUAUAUGUGUAUGUAUAUACAUACACACACACAAUGUAUCUAUCACUCCACAUUUGAUACAGUGUAUGCAAAACAAUGUACCAGCCUUACAACUGACCCAGCCAUACACAGAGACAUGGGUUGUACAUUCUGCUACUAGUUACAUGCAUCUCUGCUCUUAUCUGGUGUUUGGGGAUCAACUGAAGUUGAGUUGUGUUUUAAUAUAAAAUGGCAACAAGGGGGUAGAAUGUGGCUCUGACAUUGAAGUAGAGUAUUCACUUAACACUGUAAUCGAGUCAUUUUUUGUACUGGUCUGCAUUGUUUAGAUCAGUUGCUAUGCCUUCAUUGAAAAACAAUUGUUUGUCUUUGUUUGAUUAUUGUAAAUUAUUUGUUGUCCUGUGUUUAGUCUUAGGCUUUUUUGGGGGGGGAUUCUCAACUACUGAGUGAACUGUAUUUAUGUUUUGAAGGGAGGUUCUAUUUAUUUUUGGAAGGACUGCCGUUAUUGAAGCCUGACCAUUUUUGUGGUUACUUUUGAAUAGUCUUUCAGUUCAUCUUUACUUGUUGACAGUUGAGUUUAUUUAAUUGAAAUGGAAUGAAAUAAAAUAGUUUUCUCCAUAUUCAUGAGGUGAUUUCAUUAACUAAUAUGCUAUCUUGCAUGGUUGGCUAUUAAUAUCAUAUCACCUUAAUUGAUAAAAGGCUUGAUCCUGCUUUUGCAAU